AUGGGUAUUUCUAAGAGAGAAAAAGAAUUAUUAAAUGUUAUAGAAAAAUUAAAAAAAGAAAAUCAAGAAUUAAAAUCAAAACUUUCAACAAGAGAAAAAUUAAAUAAUAAAAAAAACAAUAAUAAUAAAGAGAUUAUCAUAGAAGAAGAGGUUGAAAAUGAAAAUGAAAACGAAAAUGGUAGUCAAAAUAUGGAUUGUGGUUUAGAAAAAGAAAAAGAUAUAGAUACAAUAAUGAAAGAAUUAGAAACUAAAAAAUAUAAAACAAUAGCAAAAAUCGCAAAAACAAAGUAUGGUGUUCAACAAUUGGGUGGUAAAAAAUUAGAUAUUUUAGAAAGAAUUAGAGAAUCUAUUAAAUUGAAAACAACAACAACAACAACAACAACAACAACAACAACAACAACAACAACAACAACAACAACAACAACAGAGAAGAAUCAACAACAACAACAACAACAAAAACAACAACUAAUACCAAUGAGUGAUGGUGAAAGAUUAUUUUGGAAAAUUUUUAGAAAUAAAUAUUUAAAUAGACAAAUUAUAAAUAAAUUAUGUACAGGUAAACAUUCAUUAAGAUAUGAUGAAGUUUUUAAUGUUGGUCACAUGAUUGAAUGUAAUGAAAUUGAAUUGUUAAAAGACAAAGUUUAUAGAAACCAAUAUUUAACAGGUUUUGAAAAAUCAUUAUCAGAUUUAUUUUCAGCAAUUAAAGAGGAUAAAAAAUUCUAUACAAGCUUUUUUAAAUUUUAUCCAAAGAUAUCAUUAUUCAAUAUUGGUUAUACUGUUGGAAAUAUUUUAAAAUCUGAUUGUAUUGGUGCAUUAAAAUCAUUAGUUGAAGAAAAUAAUUAUAAACCAACUACCGAUAAUAUUAUUCAAUCAAUUAAAGAUGGUAGUUAUAAAACAUUUAAAUAUAUGAUGAAUCUUUUUGAAAAUUCAAAUAAUAAUGAAAAUAAUAAUAAUAAUAAUAAUAAAAAUAAUAGUAAUAAUAACAAUAAAAAUAGUAUAGAGAAAUUUAAAUUACCAUUCACAGAAAAUGAAUUUUGGAAAUCAAUAUUUGGAUACUGUUUUAGAAAACGUGCUAAAUUCAUUAACUUUAUGAUUAACAGAUACCAUAUAAAACCAGCAGCUGUGACACCACUUAGAUUUGAAAAAAUUUCAAAAUUUUGUCCAAUCCAAGAAUCAUUACUUAUUAAAGAUUUAAUAAAUAUAUGUGAAUCUAUGAUUCAUUUAAAAGUAAAACCAAAAGGUUUUUAUCAAAAUAUUAUUUUUAAAAAAUUAAAAAAGAAAGGUGAUAGUAAAAGUAAAAGUAAAAAUGAUAGUAGUAGUGAUAGCGAAAGUGAAAGUGAAAGUGGAAGUGAAAGUGAAAGUGAAAGUGAAAGUGAAAGUGAAAGUGAAAGUGAAAGUGAAAGUGAAAGUGAAAAUGAAAAAGAAAAAAAAGAAAAAAAAGAAAAAAAAGAUAAUGAUAGUAGCAGUAGUAAUAGUGAAAGUGAUAGUAGUGAAAGUGAUAGUAGUGAAAGCGAAAGAGAAAAAGAAGAAAAGGAAGAAAAAAAAGAUAAUCAUGAUAAUAGUGAAAGUGAUAGUAGUGAAAGCGAAAGUGAAUUUGAAAGAAAAAAAGAAAAAAAAGAAAAAAAAGAAAAAAAAGAAAAAAAAGAAAAAAAAGAAAAAAAAGAUAGUAAUGGUGGUGGUGGUAAUAAAAAAAUUAAAAGAAAGAUUACACCUAUAUUUCCAAGUUUAAAAGAAUUUAAAGAAACAAUUGAAUCAAUAACUAAAAUUGAAAGAAAUCAAAAGAUAUUUGAUUUUGUUUAUUAUCAAUAUAAUAGUGAUAAUAAAAAUAAAUUAAAAUCAAUUUUAAAAUUAUUAGGAUUGUUUUAUGGCCAUAGUUUUUUUGAAGGAAAUGAAUUUUAUUCAUUGUUAGCAGGUGAAAAAGUAAAUAUAUCACGUAAAACAAAACAUUCAGAUUUAUUAUUGCAUUCAUUUAGAUUUGGUGAUAUAGAAUUGUUUAAAGAAGUUUCAAGAUCAACUAUUUGUUCAACUAUUCGAAAUGUAAUUUUUGAAGAUAAAUCAUUUGUUGGAAAUAUACCAAUUCUCUUUCAAUUUCAAAAUAAAAAAGAAAAUCAAAUUCAAUUCAUUAAAGACAUUUGCAAAUAUCUUAAUAUUGUAACACUCCAAAAGAAAUAUGGAGAUAAUCAUAUUUACAUUUUCUUUGGGCAAGUUUUAUUAUAUGAUGAUUUAGAAUUGAUAGAAUUGGCAUAUGAUCAAUUAAAUAAACCAAUGUUAAAAAUUGAACAUAUAAAUGAAAUAGGAAUCGGAGUUUCAACCAGUGUUGGUGGUAAUCCAAGUUUUCAUACUGAAUUUCAUUUUAUUAGAUCAGAAAAAGUAUUGGAAUUUGUUUUUAAUAAUUGUUUAAAAAAUAAUAGUAAAGUAUUGCCAAUUACAGCAUUUAUUUAUAAUUGUAGAUUGGAUUUAGUUGAAAAGUAUAAAUCAUUAUUAUUAUCAGUACCAGCAGCACCACCAUCGCCAUUGCUUAAAAGAGAUAUAGUUUUCAAAGUACCACUUCCACCAAUAUUAAAUACUUGCCAAUUCAAUUCAAUGGGUUUAGUAUUGAAAACAUUUAUAGAUUUCCUUCAAUCACCUCUAUCAAAAGGUUGUGGUGAUAGUAAAGGUGUUGUUUUCACAAAUUCUCAUAUGAUUGGCUAUAAAGGCGUCAAUUCAGUAUUGGAUUUUACCUAUCUUUACUCUAUAGCUCUAGAUAGAAAUUCUGGCAAUAAUAAACCCUAUCUACCAAACAUCGACUGUCCAAAUUAUUAUUUUGUAAUUGCAGUUCAAAGAUGGUUAUUCUACAACAGAAAUGCUUUACCAAAUAGUUAUCAUUUCAGUCCAUUCUCUUUUGAAGAAAAAUAUUAUUAUUUUGGUAUUGGUUAUUCUCAUGCUUCAAAAAAAUCAAAAGAAAUUUUCAAUACUAUUGAAGAUACUGAAUGUAAAGGUUUCAUUAAUGAUUUUAUUAAAUUAGGUUUACCAAAUUUUCAUUCGGCUACAACUGAAACAACAACACCAACAACACCAACAACACCAACAACAACACCAACAACACCAACAACACCAACAAAAAAAACAACAACAACCAUAACUGGUAACAAUCCAGAUGUAAUUUUAAAUAAUGGCGAUAAAAUUUGUUUUGCAAAUUAUCUUAGAUGUUUAUUGGAAAAAGAAGCAACAAAGGGUCAUAUUAGAUUAUUUAAAGCUUUGGUUGAUAAUGGUUAUAAAUCAAUAUUUUCAAAAAGAUCAAAUGAUUCAAAAAGUAUUUUCGAUCAAAUUCAAUUACGUGAAAUACUCUAUCGUGCUUUAAAUAAUAACCAUUUACAAUUAUCUCUUUAUCUUUUAGAGGAUUGUAAUAUUUCAAUCACUAAUACCCAAUUUUAUUCAAAUGUUUCUAAAGGAUCUGCAACUUUUUAUGCUUUAAAAGAUUUAUUUAAAAAUAAUGAAAUAAUUUAA